CGAAGGGAGGGGACGAGAGAGCUAGCGGUCCCGCCCGGUGAUGUAGGCAGCCCGGGGAGGUGGAGCCGCGACGCCUGAAGGAGUCCCCACCGCAGUCGCGCUUUCGGUCCACCCCUCGGAGCAGCCAGCCGCCAGCCCCGGCUCCGGCGGCCUCCGUGCCGCCACAGUUUGAGCGGCCGAGACUGCGGGAUCUCCCCUGUUCAGGCCUGGGGGCGCCUCCACCACGCCCAGCCCCUGCCCCUCCUUGCUUCCCGGACGACUGAAGCGAUUCCCGGGGGAAGCUGUUCCCGGACGCUCGGCCGCCGCCCGGGCAUCUCGGCAGCCAGCCCGGCUGGCCACUGGGCGCCGACUGACUCUGGUGGAGCCCAGCUUCUCGCGACCCCGGGUCCGCUAGCUUCUACACGCCCUCCCCUCCCCCGGCCGCCGGGCAGGUCGCCCGUGAGCUCCCGGUGCCCCCAGCAGCUUUGGCCGCUGCUCUCACCGCCGCGAUGCUGCCCUGGAGACGUAACAAAUUCGUGCUGGUGGAGGACGAGGCCAAGUGCAAGGCGAAGAGCCUGAGUCCGGGGCUCGCCUACACGUCGCUGCUCUCCAGCUUCCUGCGCUCCUGCCCGGACCUGCUGCCGGGCUGGCCGCUCGAGCGCCUGGGCCGCGUGUUCCGCAGCCGGCGCCAGAAAGUGGAGCUCAACAAGGAGGACCCGACCUACACCGUGUGGUACCUGGGCAACGCAGUCACCCUGCACGCCAAGGGCGACGGCUGCACCGACGACGCCGUGGGCAAGAUCUGGGCGCGCUGCGGGCCGGGCGGGGGCACCAAGAUGAAGCUGACGCUGGGGCCGCACGGCAUCCGCAUGCAGCCCUGCGAGCGCAGCGCCUCGGGGGGAUCGGGGGGCCGCAGGCCGGCGCACGCCUACCUGCUGCCGCGCAUCACCUACUGCACAGCGGACGGGCGCCACCCGCGCGUCUUCGCCUGGGUCUACCGCCACCAGGCGCGCCACAAGGCCGUGGUGCUGCGCUGCCACGCCGUGCUGCUGGCGCGGGCGCACAAGGCGCGCGCCCUGGCCCGCCUGCUCCGCCAGACCGCGCUGGCGGCCUUCAGCGACUUCAAGCGCCUGCAGCGCCAGAGCGACGCGCGCCACGUGCGCCAGCAGCACCUCCGCGCUGGGGGCGCUGCCGCCUCGGUGCCCCGCGCCCCGCUGCGCCGGCUGCUCAAUGCCAAGUGCGCCUACCGGCCGCCGCCCGCCGAGCGCGGCCGUGGGGCGCCGCGCCUCAGCAGCAUCCAGGAGGAGGACGAGGAGGAGGACGGGCACACGCCGGAGCCUGAGGAGGGGGCUCCCCAGCGCGAGCGGCCCGAGGUGCUCAGCCUGGCCAGGGAGCUGAGGACGUGCAGCCUGAGGGGCGCCCCGGCGCCGCCGCCCCCCGCGCAGCCCCGCCGCUGGAAGGCCGGCCCCAGGGAGCGAGCGGGUCAGGCGCGCUGAGAGCGGAGGGGCAGGACCUGCGGCCCCUUACCCGGCCUGACUCACAGCCUCCACCCCCGGCCCUGCCCGCUUCGGCCCCGCUCUGGUCCCCAGGCCCCUGCCUCCCUCACGGUCUCUGUUGUCCACCGCGCGCCACAUCCUGGCUCGGGGUGACGCCUGAUAUGUCCUUAAUUAUCGGGGGAUGAGUGUGGGGCACCUCUCCCCCCAUCUGGAGUUUUCUUCACUGUGGGAUUGACCCCCAUGCUUUACAACGAGUCUCUUUGCCCGUAGACCAUGCCCUCCACCCAAAACAUCCUCUCAGGAUAAGGGGGGAGAUGUUUCCAGAAAUCCAGGAGGGUGGCCUUGUACUUUGGCCUGUCUAGCCUUCCUGCCUGGGGCAAGACCAGCCCUGGGGAGACAUUCCUGUAGGGGAAUAAUAGUGGCCCUGAGAAUUGAGGCCAGGCCCAAGGUGGGAACGGACUCUGCUGGUUUCCCACAGGGAGGAAUUCUCAAGCCCUCUGCCUGGCCUCACUGCCCCUUGGAAGACUUCUGGGACUUCACUGUUCUGCCUCUGGAGAAGACUGGGUGGGAUGGUCUUGCCAACCCAGAUGAUAGGUUAGGCCAAGUAACAGCUCUCUGCCCCGGGCAGCUGCCCAAGCCUGUGCCCUGGCACAUGGCCCCCCACAGAAUUCCUCACCCACCCCUUCUCUCUGCAGACAGAUGUGUGUGGUUCCCCACUCGGUGCCCCACAACCAGGGACCAAGAUGGGGCCUCCAAAGGAGGUAAGGAGAACCUUUGGCAGGUGCUUGAGGACACUGAGUACUCAGAAAGUGGACACAGGAGGGUGGUGUCCCCAAGCCAUGGCUUGUCAGAGCGGGAGGGUCCUGCCAGCAGCUGGAUUCUCAGAGCAGGAUGAGGAAGGAGGGUGUGUUGACCCAACAGAGGGAGCGGGCCCCUGCCCAGUUCUCUCAAUAAGGCCACAUAAAGCCCAAAGAUCUAUGUAUCAACUGAUCAUUGUAAAUAAAGUGGACCUGCUUUUUCA